AUUGCCAGCACUGAACAUGUCGGCGACAAGAUUUGUGCGGCGCGCUCUAAUGCGCAGAGAUGACGACGACGAUGAUGAUAAUCGCACGGAAUCAUGGGGUCUUGACGACGAUGAUAACGAUGAAGGUUAUUGGUGGUAUAGCGAUGAGGGAGUGAUUGUCAAAUGGUCAAUUCUCGCUGUCAUCGUCGUUCUAUUUACCCUCUGGAUCGUGGGCGGAUACUGGCAUGCGAAGAGGAGGAUCGCAAAGGGUCUACGACCUAUGGCAUACCAUCGGUGCUUUGUGAGCAGGCGCAUGAUGGCACAGGUCGACCCAAGAUACGCAUAUCACCCACAACCGUAUUAUGCUACCUACCCGGGGCCAGACGGACACACCUACGUGCAGCCUGGUGGAUAUCCCAUGUACAACAUGCCUCCUCCAGUAUACGACCCGUCACGGCCUCCCAUGUACGAAGAGCCUCCCGAAGGUGGCUCUAAGAUCGACCCGACGCAAGGACAGAGACGGGACGACGGGCCUGCAGACUUCCAGGCACCACCGGGACCACCUCCUGCGAGAUAGACGGCGGAAACAUGUACAAGAUUAGAUGUAAGGGCGGAUACAACAGGGUUUUGAUUGAGACGGGUUUGGGUUUGGAGGCUUCACGGGAAAUAACGACCAUCAAUGCAUUGCUGGAAACAUAUCAAAUUGAAAGGAAACGAGCUACCUUAUGAUACCAGAAAUAGAUAGGC